AUGAAUUCUACGGCGACUAAUGCAGCGAUGGUCACCCUGCUGCUGCUGACCGCGUCACGCAUUGUCGUUUUUAACACAUUCUUCGAAAAAUUCCGAAAGCUUGAGAAUAAUAAACCGAAAUUUGAGACCAGCAGUAAAACAUCUGAUGGUCACUCACUAUCUUUGCUACUGUCACUUGCAGAUACGAAAAAUGGGGAGCGGAGAGUUCGGUGCGGGGGAUCGCUGGUCAGUGGACGCUAUGUACUGACUGCUGCGCAGUGCGUCGCGCCAAGCUACAUAAGAGGGAGGAAACUGACGCAUGUGACUCUCGGGGACUGGAGGCUGAGCACAGACCCCGACUGCUCGGACAACGUCUGUGCUCCUGAGCGCCUUUCCGUCUUAGUUGAAGAAGUGGUCGUGCAUCCGGGGUUUAACACACCCUCGAGGCUGAACAACGAUAUCGCUCUAAUAAGACUGCAGAGCGAGGUCAAUUUUAAUCGUUUUAUUCAACCAAUCUGCCUGCCGCCAACGAACUUUGGGAGCUCUGAAGUCUCGGUGAACCAAACCGUGGUUGCGGUUGGCUGGGGCGACACCGUAACUGGUGACGCUAGCGACGUGCUGAAAGAGGUUCGCCUCAACAUCGCAGAACCGUCCGUCUGCAAACGAGUUUAUUCUUCGAAUUUUCAACUUAACGGAGCGCACAUGUGCAUCGGUGGAGGGCUAGAAGACACGUGCUUUGGUGACUCUGGAGGCCCAGUGAUGAAGCUGAACAAAGACCAGCGUUCCUAUGUGCUGGCCAUCACGUCGUUCGGAGCGCCAAACUGUGGUACUCCUGGACAACCUUCCGUGUACACCUCAGUAGCUCACUUCAAUGACUGGAUCCGCCAGUCAAUGAAGUCAUAAGACCUUGCAAUAAUUACCUCGGCAAAACAGUUACUUCUGUAUUAUUUACUUAUGUUUUACAGUAAUUACUUCUAUGUUUCAGUAUUUACUCCUGUAUUACAUUAAUUACUUCUUAUAUACACUUUCAGCACUUUACCUGUUGAAUCUAAAGGAACGUACAGUAAUCCCGUAUAGUAACCCAGUAAACCUUACCGUAAACUUCUAAUUGAAACGUACACUAACCGAAGGACGGCCGCCCAAUUUUCCUCAAGCAACUCGUGCGAUCUAAUAGCGGUUUUCCUCAGAGUUCCAGACUGCUUCAUUUAGCGCCCGUAGCUUAAAUAAUUGCACUUACGAACCCAAUACCAAUUUCAAGUGAGACAAGCUUCAACUCUGGCCAGGUUCACAUGAAGAUAGUAGGGUGGAUAUAUAUAUAUGAGUUGAAGCUAUCAUAUAUAAUAGAAAUUGCACUUUCAAAUAAAAUAUUAUUAUUUGAACGAUUUGUUUUUAACUCUGAUUCUCACGUGGGAGAGCUUCAGGGAAAAUUUAUAAUUACUAUGUGCGUCGGAAAAUCUCUUGAAGACCUGCUUUAUUAAUAUGAUUCUCAAAA